UUUUGUUCUUUAAAAAUACAAUAAAAACAAACAUACAUACUGGAGUAUUAUUUCGGAGCGGACAGACUUCGGAGACCCCAGUGAGGACGUGUGUAGUUCGCGUAUAUGUAGACUUAAGCAGCCUGCCACCAUGACAGCCGAGGAGACCAUCAACAUAAAGGAGGUGGAGAUCAUUAAAGGGAUCCUGGACUUCCUGAACUCACGCAAGCUGCACAUCAGCAUGCUGGCAUUGGAGAAGGAAAGUGGAGUCAUCAACGGCCUUUACUCAGAUGACAUGCUUUUCCUCAGGCAGCUUAUUUUGGAUGGCCAGUGGGAUGAAGUUCUGCAGUUUAUUCAGCCUCUGGAGUGCAUGGAGAAGUUUGACAGGAAAAGGUUCCGCUACAUCGUGCUGAAACAGAAGUUUCUUGAAGCUCUGUGUGUAAACAAUGCCAUGUCAGCUGAGGAUGAGCCACAGCAUCUGGAACUGACAAUGCAGGAGGCUGUAAAGUGUCUCCAUGCUCUGGAAGAAUUCUGCCCUUUUAAAGACGACUACAGCAAACUCUGCCUUCUGCUCACCCUCCCACGCCUCACCAACCAUGCCGAAUUCAGAGACUGGAACCCAUCAACCGCACGCGUGCGCUGCUUCGAGGAGGCGUGCACCAUGGUGGCCGAGUUCAUCCCAGCCGACCGCAAGCUGAGCGAGGCGGGUUUUAAGGCAGGAGGCGACCGCCUCUUUCAGCUACUGGUGAAGGGCGUGCUGUAUGAGUGCUGCGUGGAGUUUUGCCAGAGCAAAGCCACAGGCGAGGAGAUAAGUGAGGGUGAAGUGCUGCUGGGCAUCGAUGUGCUGUGUGGAAAUGGCUCUGAUGAACCUGACCUUAGUCUUCUCUCGUGGUUGAGGAACCUGGCCCCCAACGUCUUCUCCUGUGCCUUCGAGCAGAAGGUGCUCAAUGUGCACGUGGACCGGGUGGUAAAGCCAGUGCGGGCAGCUCAUGCUGACCUGCUCACACCGCUCAUCAGUAAGCUGUCGCCAUGCCCGGCCUCCCCCCUGCGCCGCCCGCAGUCUGCUGACACCUAUAUGUCUCGCUCACUCAAUCCGGCACUGGACGGUCUCGCCUAUGGCCUCUCCGGUCUGGAAAGAAGAGGAGGAGGCAACAGAACUGCUGAGGCAGGAAAAGUGUCGCCCAUGUCACAUUCCUUUGCCAACUUCCAGUAUCCAGGAGGGCCGAACCUGACUCGGAGUCUAAUGAUGGAGGAGUCGCAGUGCCACAGCAUCUUUGAGGAGUCACCUGAGAGCUCCAGAAUUGAAACACCCUCAGAUAAAGCAAUGAGUCCUCACAGCUCUCGUCCGGUCUCUGCCCCAGGAGAAGAUGCCCCAGAACUCGCCUCUGCUGAGAAGAACGAGCUGCAUGACUCUACAGAGCAGUAUCAGGAGUACUACAGGCAGCGUCUGCGUGUGCAGCAACACCUGGAACAGAAGCAGCAGCAGAGGCAGCUUUACCAGCAAAUGCUUCUGGAAGGUGGAGUCCAGCAACCAGAGUCUCCAUCUACUGUCAAGCACAAUCUUACCGAUUCCUUCCUUAACAGAUCCAUUCAGAAGCUGGAGGAGCUCAAUGUGGGCAUGGAUGAUCUGGGUGAGGAGGUGCAGGCCCUCUCUCUGCAGUGUAAUGGUGGGGGCGAUCCAGAAAUGACUGCAGGAAAGUCCACAGACGUGACACUUCCCCAAGUAGAGGAAGGGCUUAGCAGCAGCACCCCACAGAGGACUGGGGAGCGAGCAGCCAUUCCACCUCCCGAAGAGUCCCCUGUGCUACGAAAUAGUGUUAAAAUGGAGAAAGGAGAACAGAGUGACAGCAGCUUGACCCGCAGUAAAGAAGCAGAGGAAGAGAAGUCCAAGGCAAAAUUUGUAGCCGUAAAUACUCUGGAGGACACACAGGCAGUGCGUGCUGUAGCUUUUCACCCGUUAGGAGUGUUCUAUGCCGUUGGCUCAAAUUCCAAAACGCUGCGGGUCUGUGCGUACCCUGACACGCUCGACACAAGUGGGCCGCCUAAGACCCCCGUAGUGCGCUUCAAGAGGAACAAGCAUCAUAAAGGUUCUAUUUACUGUGUGGCGUGGAGUCCCUGCGGGCAGCUUCUGGCCACCGGCUCCAAUGACAAAUAUGUGAAAGUGCUGCCCUUCAACACUGAAACAUGCAAUGCUACAGGUCCUGAUCUGGAGUUUAGUAUGCAUGAUGGUACUAUCCGCGACCUGGCCUUCAUGGAGGGACCUGAGAGUGGCGGAUCUAUUUUAAUAAGUGCUGGAGCAGGAGACUGUAACAUUUACACCACUGACUGCCAGCGAGGACAAGGGCUACAUGCUCUCAGCGGACACACAGGCCACAUCCUAUCUUUGUACACGUGGGGAGGCUGGAUGAUAGCAUCAGGCUCUCAGGAUAAGACGGUGCGUUUCUGGGACUUGCGUGUGCCAAGUUGUGUAAGAGUUGUGGGCACAGCCUUCCAUGGCUCAGGCAGCCCAGUAGCCUCAGUGGCGGUGGAUCCCAGCGGACGUCUGUUGGCCACGGGUCAGGAAGACAGCGCCUGCAUGCUGUAUGACAUCAGAGGAGGCAGGAUGGUGCAGACGUAUCGACCUCACUCCAGCGACGUGCGUUCAGUUCGCUUCUCACCUGGAGCUCACUACCUGCUCACUGGCUCCUACGACACCAAAGCCAUGACCACAGACCUGCAAGGAGAUCUGACUAAACAGCUGCCGGUGACUGUGGUAGGAGAGCACAGUGAUAAAGUGAUCCAGUGCAGGUGGCAUCCACAGCACCUGUCCUUCAUCUCCUCCUCAGCUGACCGUACAGUCACGCUCUGGACUCACAGCACAUAAAGCUAGCUCUCACCAGCUCUCCUUCUACUGAAGAAGCUUGUCUACUGAGAUGAAGAUGUAAAUACUGUGUGAGAGUGUAUUUUUGUUUCUGUAUUAUGAUUAUUAUUUAUAUGCUCUGUCCCUAUUUGUGACAGCCUGCUUGCUUGCCUUCUCUUUCUGAUCUUGUGUAAACGGUAGCGCUAACACUCGCUCCAUCUUUCCAGGUGAGCUUUCUGUUUUCCAGACACUUUUUUUAUCCUUAAUAAUAAUAAACGAAACACAAAGCUCAAGGUGGCACUUAUGUAAAACGUUCCCCAACAAAAGCUUAUCUUUUAGUGCACAAUUUGUAUUAAUUAUAGAACCUG